AUGGAGAAGCUGUUCAAGGAAACCUUCAGGACUAUCGAGCCAGAAGUAGAUCCGGUUUCACUCACUCAGAUGGCUCAGCAGCCAACUGAAUCCGCUGUCAUGUACCUUCAGCGCUUUCAGAUCCAGAAAGGAAAGUUGAACGUGAUUCUGCUGGAGAAAGAACUGGUGAAAUUGGCAAUCAAAGGCUUAGAGCCCCGCCAACGCAAAAAACAGCAUGGAAGCAUGUUCAAUUCCAUGGGGGAACUGAUCACAGAAGUAGGAAGUUUCGAGCACUUGCUCAGGGAGAUGGACGCUAUGAAAAACGCUUCGAAGGGGACAUACAUCCCAGGAAAACGCCGAAUAGUGGCUGCAUUCAGCCAUCAAUCCAGUUCCUUUGAUCCUUACUACAAGAGUGAGGAAUCUAGUACAGCAGAGGCUGAUGAGUCUGAAGAAGAUGAGAUAGCUGCCCUGGAGCUCACCGGGAAAAAGGCUUCAACGUUAAAGCAACUGAAGCUGUGCAAAGAACCGGUGAAGCUCAAGUCGGUGGUUUUCACCAAACCAGAAUUCGCAAGUUAUACUUACGAUGUGCACAAAGCGCAUGAAAUCUUGGAUGAAAUGAUCGCCGCGAAGAUGGUGAAAACCGACUUCGGCCCAUUUCCCAAACCAGAGCAGCUAAGGGGGAAGAAAUACUGCAAACUCCAUAAUAUGUGGAAUCAUAAUACAACAGAUUGUGUUAAGCUGAAGGAUCAGAUCCAAAUCUGGUUAAAUAACGGUAGUUUGCAAGUAGAGGCACCGACAACAGCAGCAGCGUUGGUGGACCUAGAUCGCUUCCCAGAUACCGGCGUCAACAUGGUGGACGUGGCAUGA